GCGCACUAAAUUCUGGCGAGGUUGUGGGUUUUACGUUACCCUUGUUUGUGUUUUUGAAGUCUGCACUUCAGUUGACACAAUCAUCAACUUCACUAUCUUGUUUGAUUAUAAAAUGGAUACGGAUUUAUAUGAUGAAUUCGGGAAUUACAUUGGGCCUGAUCUUUUAUCUGACGAAGAGGUGGAGGACGAUGUAAAUAGUGUUGACGAUGAAGGUACCGAGGAGGAAGAUAUAGCUCAGGAUGCUGUUAAUCACAUUGAAACAAAUGAUGUACAAGAAGAAAGUUUGGCUGUUAUUCUUCAUGAAGAUAAAAAGUAUUAUCCAAGUGCACUAGAAGUCUAUGGUCCCGAGGUUGAAACCUUAGUACAGGAAGAAGAUGCCCAGCCGUUAACACAACCAUUAAUAGAACCAGUUCGCCGCAAAAAGUUUGCUUACACUGAAGCAUCAAUUCCAACGACAACGUACGACCCUGAAUUCUUGGCUGAUCUUAUGGAUUGUCCGGAAUUGAUUCGCAACGUUGUUCUUUGUGGACAUUUGCAUCAUGGCAAAGUAUGUCCGAAAUUUUUCUUGAAUUAGAACUUUACAGACUUCCUUCAUGGACUGUUUGAUAGAACUUACUCACCCUGAUAUUGAAGCGAAAGAAGACAAAAAUCUCAGGUACACUGAUUUCUUGCACAUGGAGGUAGAAAGAGGGCUGAGUAUAAAAUCUACUCCAGUCUCCUUGGUGCUGCGCAGCAUGCAAGAAAAGUCGUAUCUGUUUAACAUAUUUGAUACACCAGGUCACGUCAAUUUUUCCGAUGAAGUAACUGCUGCAUUUCGACUCGCUGAUGGAAUCUGUCUGUUGGUGGACGUCAGCGAAGGUGUACUUUUAAACACCGAACGUAUUCUUAAACAUGCUCUACAAGAACGACUACCGGUAACACUGUGCAUCAACAAAAUAGAUCGUCUCAUAAUUGAACUAAAAUUGCCACCAAUGGAUGCGUAUUACAAAAUCAAGCACAUAAUUGAUGAAGUAAAUUCAAUUCUUCUGACUUAUUCUGAAGGUGCAGGUAUUACGGAUGAUACACAACCUGUUGUCAGCCCAUUAUUGGGAAAUGUAUGCUUCGCAAGUACUUAUUACCGAUUCUGUUUUACUUUGGAAUCAUUUGCGAGAAUAUAUAUGGAUACAUUUUCUAACGGUAUGGAUCACAAAGAAUUCGCUGGACGUUUAUGGGGUGAUAUAUAUUUUAAUUCUAAAACAAGAAGAUUUCAAAAACGGCCACCUUCUGCGAAUUCACAACGAACAUUUGUAGAUUUUAUUCUGGAACCUUUAUAUAAGAUUUUUGCUCAAACUGUUGGCGAUGUUGAUACUUGCUUGCCGUCAUUAUGUUCAGAGUUGGGUAUCUAUUUAACGAAAUCCGAAAUGAAACUGAAUAUACGCCCACUUUUGCGUUUGAUAUUUAAACGAUUCUUUGGCGAUUUCUCUGGAUUUGUGAAUAUGUGUGCAGAACAUAUACCAAGUCCGGUUAACUCAGCCGCAACUAAAGUGGGAUCAACGUAUACUGGCACACUAGAUAACGAUCUCGGACGUGCCAUGAUAAAAUGCAACAUGAAUUACGAACAUGUAAUGGUUCAUACUACCAAACUUUAUCCUGAUCAAGAAGCUAUCUCUUUUCAUGUUUUUGGACGAGUUAUGUGUGGUACCUUAUUUGCUGGUCAAACCGUCCGUGUUUUAGGCGAAAACUACACACUUUCUGAUGAAGAAGAUUCACGACCAGCUACAGUUGGCCGUUUGUGGGUAUCUAUCGCGCGUUACCAGCUGGAGGUGAAUCGGGUACCAGCGGGUAAUUGGGUGUUGAUUGAGGGUGUCGAUCAUCCUAUUGUGAAAACAGCUACAUUAACAUCAGCGGAUGCCCGUGGAGCAUAUAUAUUCAGACCCUUAAACUUCAAUACUUCUUCAGUUGUUAAGAUUGCCGUGGAACCUGCCAAUCCUUCUGAGUUACCUAAAUUGUUGGAUGGUCUCAGAAAAGUUAAUAAAAGUUAUCCUCUCCUCGCCACCAAGGUUGAAGAAUCAGGUGAACGUGUCAUUCGUGGUACUGGUGAAUUGUAUUUAGAUUGUGUUAUGCACGAUUUGCGCAAGCUCUACUCUGAUAUCGAUGUGAAAGUUGCUGAUCCUGUUGUAGCGUUUUGCGAGACAGUUGUGGAAACUUCCUCUUUGAAAUGCUUUGCUGAAACACCAAAUAAGAAAAAUAAGUUAACUAUGAUCGCUGAGCCACUCGAUAAGGGUUUAGCUGAGGACAUAGAGAAUAAGGUUGUGCAAAUCACUUGGCCAAAAAAGCGACUCGGAGACUUUUUCCAGAAAAAGUAUGACUGGGAUUUGCUUGCCUCCAGGUCUAUAUGGGCUUUUGGGCCAGACGCUACUGGUCCGAAUAUACUAAUGGAUGAUACAUUACCGUCUGAAGUUGAUAAGAAUUUACUACUUACUGUCAAAGAUUAUAUCGUGCAGGGUUUCCAAUGGGGUACACGUGAAGGACCACUGUGUGACGAACCAAUUCGCAAUGUGAAAUUUAAAAUAUUAGAUGCUCUGAUUUCUGGCGAAGCACACCAACGGGGUUCUGGACAAAUAAUUCCUACAGCUCGCCGAGUUGCCUACUCUGCUUUCCUCAUGGCUACACCUCGCUUGAUGGAACCUUAUUACUUGGUUGAGGUACAGGCGCCUGCGGAUUGUGUUUCAGCGGUAUAUACAGUUCUUGCUCGUCGUCGUGGUCAUGUGACACAUGAUGCUCCUAUAUCUGGAUCUCCUUUGUAUGUUAUCCGUGCAUUUGUACCCGUCAUUGAUUCAUUUGGAUUCGAGACAGAUCUUCGAACUCAUUCUCAAGGACAGGCAUUUUGUAUGCUUGUUUUUAACCACUGGCAAAUGGUUCCAGGAGAUCCUCUCGACCGUUCAAUUCAAAUACAGCCUUUGGUCCCACAACCUGCUACUCAUUUGGCUCGGGAGUUUAUGGUUAAAACUCGUAGAAGAAAGGUUAGUAAAAUUAUUGAAGUGUGGUCUUGGGUGUUUGAAAAGUAAACGAAAAUAAAGCAAACAUGAUUUCUUGAGUUUUCAUCAUAUUCUCAAGAAAUAUGCUAUACAAACACUGGAACAAAUGUUUCUUGUAGUAUCGUUCAUUAUUUUUGAUAAGACUAUCUAUAUAUUAACUUAUAUCAUUACACUAAAGUGUAACAAGCAAACAAUCGUUAGAACAUGUAAAUACAGGCUGAAACUAUAAAUACUGCUAGUGAUUGUAAGUUUUCAUUUUAUUUGCCAGCCUCUUGUUUUGUUGUCUACUACAAAUCUUUAUUGAAACAAUCAGUCAGCUACAGAGUAGGACCAGACAGAUAUAUGCAUCGGUCCAAGUUGCCAUAUCUCAUCAGUACAACAAGAUGAACACCAAGUUCAUAGAACCAGUUACUUCAGUAGUAGUAAACAAAGAUUCCGUAUAAGGAUAUGAUGCAGGAGAAAUUAGUUCAUAAAAAGUGAGGUAUAAAGUAAUUUCAAUCUCACUGUUUAAGGGCAGACCAGAAGUUAAUGACUUUAUGGACUGAUGCUACGUUUUGGUUUGAUCGACCCUAACCUAUCUGUCUCCAACACCAGUCAGCAUUGCGCGCUGUAAUAAUAGGUGGUCGGGCAUGCGUAAUACGUGGCCCAACCAUCUAAGUCGGUGAAGAUUUACAACCUCAUCAAUCGAUUUACCAUAAUUCCCUAAUACUCUGCGUCUAACCCCACUAUUACUUACCCGGUGAUCCCAACAGAUGCUGGCAAUAUUCCUAAGACAUCUGUGAUCAAAUGCUAGUAACUUGCAAGUGUCUUCUACUCUUGAUGACCACGUUUCACAGCCAUAAAGUAAAACAAAACGAACUGCUGAGCAGUAUACUCGUGCCUUAAUUGAUAGACGGAUAUAUCGCCUAAGCCAUAGAUGACGUAAGUUGGCAAAAGCCAGAUGAGCUUUUUGAAUCUGUGCUGAGAUUUAUUCAGACACCAACCCAUUGGGGCUGAUUAGACUUCCAAGAUAAACGAAGUUGUCGAUGCGUUCGACUACUUUACUCCCUAUCCUUAGUUCAGAUGUUGACGCAGGCCAGUUCUGACGCAACAACUUGCAUUUAGAGGGGGAGGAACGCAUCCCAGACAUGAUAGCACUGUUGCUCAGUACUACCAAUAAACUGCAUUUUAUCGGCGUCUUCAUCAUCUGCGUAUUCUAAGUCGAUAAGUGGACCUCCUGGAGGGAGAUCAAUGCCCGAAAAUUCAGACGAAGAGAGCGUUAUUCCCAGCAGUAGGUCUAUGAAGUUGAACAAAAAUGGAAAUAGGGGACAGUCUUGCCGGACACCACUUGGGGUUGCAAAAUCAGAUGACAGUUCGCCGCAAGCUCCGACUAUACUGGUACUGUUCAAGUAAAGAGCCUUCACGAGGUUUAUGUACUUCUGAGGUACACCUUUCAAUGACAGACACUACCACAGAACCUCUCGGUCUACAGAGUCAAAUGCUGCUUUUAAGUUGAGAAAAACUAUCGUUGUCGGACGCCAAUAAGCAUGCUUGUGUUCUAGAACCCGACGAAGGGUGAAGAUGUGGUCGAUGCAGCCACGAUCAGGUUUGAAGGUGGCCUGAUUUCCUCGUGUUUGCAGUUCACGCGUCUUUGUUAGGCGUCCGAUAAUCAUUGAGGCUAGUAUCUCAGACACUAUAUUACUUAAACUAGCCCUCUAUAAUUAUCACAGGAUGAUUUUGACUCCUGUGUUGCGACCACUCAGAUGGGAUUAUGUCCAACUCCCAGAUUUUUGCUGAAAUAUUAGUCAACCUAAUCGCUUAAACUAGACCACGGUUCUUAAAAACGUUUUGGUUCAAUCCAUCUAGACUGUCUGCUCUUCCUUGUUUUAGUUUAGCUGUAGGUUUCUGAACCUCAAUUAUUGUAUGUAGGUCUAUUCCAGUGUAUCUCAUCGGUCCCAGUUUUAGCUUGGUGAGGUCAAGUGAUUGACCGUUCUCUGAUCCUGUAUGCAUGUUUCGGAUUGACAUCAUACACCAAUCGUACGAGAUUCUGGUGUCUUUGCCAAAGGGGCCUGAUGACCAACUUGACAUAGAGUACGUUCUUUGAAAACUCCAUUAUGUAGUGUGGAACCGAGUUUCAGUUGACCUGGUAGUUUCUCGUGUACUACAAUCGUUAGACAUAGUGACACAUUAGGAGGGAGUUUAGAGUCGGGAUAGGGAGGAGUAAUAGGAAUUGAUGAGGGAAACUGAUUAUGAAUAUAAUGAUCCAGAGUGCUUUUAGAGAGAUGUAUUUCCAUGGGGUAUGGUGAGGUGUGUAUUUUUAGGGUCGACCUUUUCUAACCGCAUCCCUCCUUGUGGGAGGGAAGCAUCGAUGUUAUGCUAGUUUAUUGAAAUGAACACGUUACUGCCGUCACACCUCUGUACAGUCAGCUGUAGAACUUCGCCCUCGGAUCUUGGGUUUGCUGCUUUUAGUCUUAGUGCUUUUCAACUGGCUUUUCUGGCAUGAUAGGACUUUACGGAACAAUUGUUCCAUUUAGUAUAGCUCGAUUGGUUCAUCACAAUAGGCAAACCCGACCACCACGUCAGUGUAGCAGCGACGGUCGGGUUAUUAGAGCAAUAAUUUUUUACCUUUUCGGGGACAUUUUGUCAUUUACUAUUAGUCUUCACUGAUGCACACCAAAAACAAUCUAUACAAUCGUUAACAUCUCACCUCAAUUUAUACCUUUAUUAUGCUAAAAAAUAUCUAUUUCCUUUUAGGGUUUGAAUGAAGAUGUAAGUAUCAACAAAUUCUUCGAUGAUCCUAUGUUGCUAGAACUAGCCAAACAAGACGUAAUGCUAAAUUAUGCACUAUAAAUUUGUACAUUUACUGUAUUUCAUAAGAAAAUAAAUAGUCGAAC